UGUUGAGGUUAUGUUGCGUUAGCUGCCAAAGUGUUUACAUUCGCGAUUUGCUUGGCAAUUAUAAUUUGUAAUCAAAGAUUCUUUGAAAUGUCGGGCGGUUUUACUGAAUCUGCCUUCAUAAAGAAACUCACCGAACUAAAUAAUUCGUCACAAAGCAUACAAACGUUGUCUUUAUGGCUUAUCCACCAUCGAAAACACUAUACAAGUGUGGUAAAGAUAUGGGUAAAGGAACUUAUCAAAGCCAAAGAAAAUCGGAAAUUAACAUUUAUGUAUUUGGCAAACGACGUGAUUCAAAACAGUAAAAAAAAGGGGCCAGAGUAUGGCCAAGAGUUCGGCACAAUGCUUAAAAAGGCUUUUGAACACAUGUCGCAGUGCGACGAGAAAACCAAAAACGGACUCGACAGGUUGCUGACCAUUUGGCAAGAUCGUGGCAUAUACAGUUCAGUUCAAAUUAUGGAGUGGAAACGAUCAUUAGUUAUAGGCAAAGACGAGCAACCUCCAUCUAAACGUGCAAAAACCACUGACACACAGUCAUCAAAAAAGAAACCAAAGCCAACUGUGGAAGUGAAUGAUGGUGAAACUCGCAUCCAUUUGAGUCCCCAUACACCACCGGGUGACCCUCCAGAACCGGAGGAGUUAAUCAAGGCGAUACAAGAGUUAGAUGCCAACAUAGCAUCGUCAGAUGAAAAAGUGAGAGAAAAAAUUGCAAAUUUACCCAAAGAACUAUCAGAUGUGUCGACCAUAGCUAAAAUAGAAGAUCGAGAGUCUGCCGAGAGAUUAAGUGCCCAGGUAACCAAUGCAGUACUGCUUCUGAGCCAAUAUAACACGAGGUUAUCUACCGAAAUGGACCAUAGGAAAAAAGUGGCAGUUAUGAUGAGGGAUUUUUUGCAAGUGCAAGAGGAGCUGCUGGCUCAGGCCGAAAGAAGUUUAGAGGAAUACCAAGAGAGUCUUUCCAAAGUAUUGACGGUACGACACGAACUUCAGUCUCACAUACAAAACCUACCGGACCUGACACAGCUGCCAAAUGUGACACACGGCUUGGCUCCCUUGCCUUCCGCUGAGAAUCUUUUUAUGCCCUAAGUGGGGAGGGGAUAGAGGUGACUUUUUUGACUGUAAAAAGUAAUUUACAUAAAUUUGGGUUUGGUUAUAAUAAGUGUCAUGAUAAAUAGACAGUCAUUAUAACUGAAAUGACACUCUGCAUACAUAGUUUCUUUUAGUUAUGUAAUUUUAAGUAAACAGACGUUUUCUUUACUUGAAAUGUGAGGUUUGGUUGAAGAAUUGACCUUUUGGGUGAUAUUGUGCAAGUUUUCUAAUUUCAACUUUAUCUUGAGGACUGAAAGUGUUAUUUUUUUGAAGUUUAAAGAUGGUUUAUACAGGAAUAGGAGUUUGGCAGUUAACAAGGAAAUUUUGAGUUGUCUCCUUAAAGAUUAACAUUUUGUUUAUGAAACACCCCAUACACAAUCUGGGAUAUCUGUCAAUUCUAAGCCCCUUGUCGAUGUCAAGAAUUACCUUUAUAUAACCUCAAAAAAUUUAAUGUUUGAUUGACAUGGAUAAGCUUAUUAUAUUAUGUUUUUUUUAUGUGGUUUUAAGAAGUUUGCCACUUUAUAUUUAAUUUGAAUAAUUUAUACCGUAGAGAAAGUUAUUUGUUUCAUUCAUGAGGUUGAAGGUGACGACACCAUAUACCUAUUAUAUGAAUAUUAUCCUAUUAAUUAAUGAAUAUUAUCCCUAAAGAAUAAUAGGUAUAUGGACGACACCCAGCUGCAUAACUGUCAAAAUAAUUCUAGAACCAUAACACAGAAGGCGCUCAAAAAGAAAAUGACACUUUCAUAACCUAAACCACCACUUUAUUGUGUAUUAUUAUGAUCAUAUAAAUAAUGCGUUAAUUUAUGCCUUAAUUAAAUUGCAAUGUUGAGAGUUAA